AUGUCAGCCACGAUAACGGAUGACAUAGUGAAGACGGUUCUCGACACAAUUGAGGAGAAUAAAAAGUAUGAGACGGAUGAGGAGAAGUCACAUCUUAUCAAAUGCGAGGCCAAUCAGUUUUUUAAGGACCAAGUGUACGACGUAGCCGCGGAUCUCUAUUCCAUCGCCAUCGAGCUCCAUCCGACCGCUAUGCUCUACGGAAAUCGUGCUCAAGCGUAUCUGAAAAAAGAGCUCUACGGAGCAGCUUUAGAGGACGCCGACAACGCGAUUUCCAUGGAUCCCUCAUAUGUGAAGGGAUUCUAUCGACGGGCGACGGCGAAUAUGGCGUUGGGACGGUUUAGAAAGGCGUUGGCUGAUUAUCAGGCGGUCGUUAAGGUCGUUCCCAACGAUAUCGACGCGAAAUCAAAGUUUGAAGAGUGCCAAAAAAUCGUCCGCCGUCAGAAUUUCCUUCUCGCAAUUUCGACGGAUCACGAUAAGAAAACGGUCGCUGAGACGCUUGAUAUCAACGCGAUUGCUAUCGAAGACUCGUAUGAAGGACCACAUUUGGAGGAAAAGAUCACCCGGGAAUUCAUGAUGGAUCUGAUUCAAAAAUUCAAGGAUCAGAAGAAAUUGCACAAGAAAUACGCAUUCAAGAUGCUCCUCGAUUUCUAUAAUUAUGUGAAAGAGUUGCCGACGAUGGUUGAGAUUACUGUAGCCGCCGGGAAGAAAUUCACAAUUUGUGGAGAUAUUCAUGGACAAUUUUAUGAUUUAUGCAAUAUUUUCGAGAUUAAUGGAUUCCCAUCGGAGACUAAUCCAUAUCUAUUCAACGGUGAUUUCGUCGAUCGUGGCUCAUUCUCGGUGGAGACGAUCUUCACAAUGAUGGGAUUCAAACUUUUGUAUCCGAAUCACUUCUUCAUGUCACGCGGAAAUCACGAAUCGGAUGUGAUGAACAAAAUGUACGGAUUCGAGGGAGAAGUGAAGGCAAAGUACACACAACAGAUGAGUGACAUGUUCACGGAGACAUUCUGUUGGCUUCCGUUGUGUCACGUCAUUAAUCAGAAGAUUUUUGAGUCAUCUGAGACGUCUAAUAGGUUCUGGACGGAUUCUGGAGCAUCUAGAGCUUCCAGUGGUGUCGUGACGCCUUCUGAAGCUACCAGAAGCGUCGUGACGUCUUCUGAGACAUCUAAUAGGUUCUGGAUGGAUUCUGAAGCAUCUGAAAGUGUCGUUUGUCACGGAGGACUAUUCAAAGAAGACGGUGUCACCCUAGAGGAUAUCCGAAAAACCGACAGAAACCGUCAGCCACCAGAUGAGGGUAUCAUGUGUGAUUUAUUGUGGUCCGAUCCACAACCGAUCAACGGAAGAAGUCCGUCGAAGCGAGGUGUCGGAUGCCAAUUUGGACCGGAUGUCACAUCGAAAUGGUGUGAAAUGAAUGGAAUUGAAUAUGUUGUCAGAUCUCACGAGGUGAAACCGGAAGGAUACGAAAUGCAUCACAACGGACAGUGCUAUACGGUGUUCUCGGCACCCAAUUACUGUGAUCAAAUGAAUAAUAAGGGAGCGUUCAUCACAAUUACCGGAGAUAAUUUAUCGCCCCGCUUCACACCAUUCGACGCCGUUCCUCACCCGAAACUGCCGCCAAUGGCCUAUGCCAACAGUCUGUUCGGAUUCAAUUAG